CUCCUGUUGAUGGAAUUUGAGGGUGCCGAAGAUGUUCCCCGUAAUUUCCAGCUGUCGUCUUUGGUGGUGUAGCCUUCAGAGGAGAAUCUGCCUGAACCAACCAGUUGUAAGCAGGCAGCACUUUCAGCAUAUGCACAUCCGAGUUGGAGACCGGGCUGAACUCAGCAGAGCCUUCACACAAAGGGAUGUGGUUGCCUUCUCAGAACUAACAGGGGAUGUUAAUCCUUUGCAUUUAAAUGAAGAUUUUGCAAAGCACACCAAGUUUGGAAAGACAAUUGUGCAUGGAGUUUUGAUCAAUGGACUUAUUUCAGCUCUCCUGGGUACUAAAAUGCCAGGCCCAGGCUGUGUAUUUAUUUCCCAGGAAAUUCACUUUCCAGCCCCUUUGUAUGUUGGAGAAGUUGUUGUAGCUUCUGCAGAAGUGCAAAGGCUGAAGCGGUUCAUUGCAGUUAUUGCUGUGUCAUGCUUUGUAAGAGAAAGUGAAAAGACUGUUAUGGAAGGCUGCGUGAAAGUUAUGGUCCCAGAAGCUUCCAAACCCUGAAAUAUGUGUUUAAAGAUGCAAGUUCAGGCAUCAGUGUUACUGUUAUUGAAGAGCCUCUGAGGAAAACGGAUUGCUGCUCUUCAACAAGGAGUGGCCAGCAGCCCCAGCAGCCCACAGCGGGGGAGGGCAGCAGGUAGCGAGGGGUUCACAUGUCCACUUUCUAAUUUGGCCUUAUGUUUCAUACAGAUGAGUCUAUUUAUCAUCUAAGUUUGUAAAUUUGAAAAAAUAUGGGGAAAGUUAUCAUUUAGCUCAAGGUUCUAAUUUUAGGAUUUCAAACCAAGUUAAAUUUGCAUUUGGAUAACACAAACUUACCUAUAUCUGCAUCGAAUAAAUUUCUCAGUGAAUUUAUAGCUAGGUAGCAUUUUAAUUUUUGACAGCAAUUAGAAUAGGAGUUGGGUAAUCUUUGAACACCUGUCUUUUACCAAUAAAUAUUUAGAUACUGUUCUUCAGUA